AUGCUGGACAAGGACACAGCCCAUAUUCAGAUGUUACCUUAUCAAAGGCCUGCCGCUGUUCGACGGACAUAUAGUUCCGCUGGUGUGGAAGACUUGAUCGAGAAAACGGCUUCACGAAUGAAGGACCGUGAUCUGGCACGCAUGUUUGAGAAUUGCUUUCCAAACACUUUGGACACGACCGUGAAGUGGUUUUCCGAGUCUGAUGGUCAAUAUCAAUCCUUUAUUAUAGCCGGUGACAUGGAUGCCGCUUGGACUCGCGAUAAUCUGUGGCAGAUACAAGCUUAUGCAUCUUUACUAUCUGUCGACUCGGCAAUCAAGAAGUUGUGGCAGGGCGUCAUCAACCUUCAUGCUUUGUUCAUCUCUCAGUCACCAUACGCCAACUCUUUUCAGCCUCCCAAGAAUAGUGGCAUUUCCUCAGUUGGCGACCACGUCGUCGAUAUGCACCAAGACAUCGUCAGACCUCCAAUUGAUCCUGAUGUGGUCUUUGAGGGCAAGUACGCCCUUGACAGUCUUGCUGCGUUCCUCCGGAUAUCAAACACAUAUGUACAACAGACAGGUGAGAAAUCGAUCAUCAACAGACAAUGGCUCGCGGCGUUAACAGCGAUACUCACCGUGCUGCAUGAACAAUCGCAGUCAACGUUCGACGAACGAGGAAACUUGAGGGAACCGGCCUAUUCAUUUCAACGGCCGUCAACAACCUUGACAACGUUCAGAACUAUGGAUCUGACUAACUGGGAAACAGCUGGUGUUGGGAACGCAGUCAGGGGUGGUACGGGCCUGAUCAAGUCAGCCUUUCGGGCUUCUGACGAUGCGACGGUUUUCCCUUUCCAUAUUCCCAGCAAUGCUUUCGUAGCUGUCGAACUCGCACGCACCGCCGAAAUCAUCCAAGCCAUCGAUCCAGAAUUGGCAGUUGAGUGCUCGAGUCUCAGCCGCAGUAUCACGCAUGGCAUUUAUACUUAUGGGGUAGUAAACCAUUCUGUUUACGGCAAGGUCUUUGCGUACGAAGUAGACGGCUAUGGAUCUCACCUAAUCAUGGAUGACCCAAGUCCACCUUCUCUUCAAUCCCUGCCUUACUUAGGGUUCAUCAGCGCCUCGCACGACUUGUAUCAGUCAACAAGACGAAUGAUACUCAGCAGGGAAGGAAAUCCGCAUUAUCUAAUCGGCAGCGAGCUCGAAGGCCAGGGAAGCCCGCACAUUGACCUCAAGACAAUGUGGCCGAUAGGGACCAUCAUACAAAUCUUAACGAGUAACAACGACGAGGAGAUUCGAUAUUGCUUGGACACUCUCAAGAAGUCCAGUGCCGGGCUUGGCCUCAUCCAUGAAGGAGUAGAUGUCAAUGAUUGCACCAAGUUCCUCAGGACUUGGUAUGCAUGGGGAAACAGCGCAUUCGGGGAAGCAAUUAUUGACCUAGCAAAGAGAAAACCAGAGAUCCUGUUUGGGUCCGGCGGAAAAGGAAAGGAUAACACUGUGGUGAAGCUCUAG